AUGGCGACCGUGACAGGACCCUCUAUUACAGGUAUGGAAAAAACCAAGAAAGCCUUAGCUCUACAAAGAACAGCUUUUAUAAGGAUCUAUGAUAAGUUGAAAGAAGAUUUCUCCAAAGAAAAAUGCGAUAUCCUAGAAAUACAGAGUAGCAUCAAAGUCUUGGAUGAAAUAAUGCUUCAAGUAUCUGAACUGAAUCAACUCAUGAUUGAUAUAAUGUUGGAUGCAGGAGAAGAAGAAGCGAAUAUGAAUGCAGAAGUGGAAUUGAUGAAUACGAUGAGUUCUCAAUAUCACAAGAUAAAAUGUAGUUUCGAUAAACAGUUUGGUGGUGAAACGAAAGAUUGGCUUGGAUUUUGGAAUCAAUUCAGCAGAAUUGAUGAAGAUUCUGAUAUAGAAGAGGAGGAUAAACUACAAUAUUUAGUUCAAGCUACCACACCAGGCUCUCGAGCUAGACAAAUUGUGGAAAGUUACCCUGCUUCUAAAGACUACUGUUGCAACUUCGAAGUUUUGGAUCAACCAUUGAUUUGCAACCACAUAAGCUCAGUGAAAAAGGGACCUUGGCUGGAUGAACUGAAACAAAUGGGAGUAGAAAUUACUGAUACUACAGAUGGGCCAAUUGAUGUUUUGGUUGGUGCCGACAUAGCCGGAAAACUUUUUUCCGGACGUAAACAAGAUUUGGAUUGUGGACUUGUAGCGGUUCAUACAUUACUAGCUCCUGAAAAUUCUGAAUCACAACGGGAACAAGAAAAACUUGUUAUGGAACAUUUUCUAACAACAGUUAAACGAAGAGAUGACAGGCGAUAUGAAGUGUGUAUGCCUUGGAUUGAAGGUCAUCCCCCUUUAUCAUCCAACUUCGAUUUAUCCUAUAAAAGACUCCUCCACACUGUGAAAAAGUUGAAAAAGGAUAAUUUCUAUAACGUCUACGAUAGCGUCUUCGACAAUUGGUUAGCUGAAGGAGUUAUAGAAUGUUCGUCAGAAAAUGAACCUCUUGAAACAUCAUCUCAGUCUGGUCAUUUUUUACCUCAUCAUCCAGUAUAUAAGCCCAGUAGUACCACAACACCUGUACGUCCAGUUUUUGAUGCUUCGUCAGGAGCAAAGAAUCAACCAUCUUUGAAUCAGUGCCUUGAGAAAGGAAUCAACCUCAUUGAAUUAAUUCCAUCUAUGAUUCUACGUUUCCGCUUGGAUAAGAUAGGAAUCACAGCUGAUAUAAGAAAGGCAUUUCUUCAGAUUGGAUUACAAGAAAACGAUAGAAACUUUCUGAAGUUUCUUUGGUAUGAUAAAAACGGAAAAAUAAAAAUUUAUAGACAUGCCCGUGUCGUAUUUGGAGUAACUUGCAGUCCUUUUCUAUUGGGAGCAGUCCUCGAAUUUCAUCUGCAGGAAACUCUAAGAGAAUCAAUUCAUGAAGGAAACUCGUAUAGUCCCGAAGUUAUUUCGAAAUUAUUGAAGUCAUUUUACGUUGACAAUAUUCUUAUAAGUGUACAAAACGAAGAAGCUCUCAACCAAUUUAUUGAACAGUCAACUAAAAUUCUGGCUGAUGGAAAGUUCGAGUUGAGAGGGUGGGAGCAUUCUUUGCCAGAAAAUGUCGAAGUCGAAGCAAAAAGUAACAUCCUUGGACUCAUCUGGAAUCGUAAAUUGGACACCUUAGAACUUUCUCUAGAAUGGUUUGAUAAAAUGGAUGUAGGACUGAUAACUAAACGAACUAUAUUAUCUGCAGCACACAAACUGUUUGAUCCAAUUGGUUUCUCAUGUCUAGUGACACUGAUCCCAAAAAUUUUGCUCCAAAGGACUUGGUCUACGAAAUUGGGAUGGGAUUUGGAAGUUGAUGAAGUAGUUCAAGAAUUAUUCCUGAAGUGGUUAAAAGAACAACCCUAUUUGACAUCCGUUAAGAUUCCUCGGUGGAUAUCUUUAGAUUCCACUAUAUUGACCACUCAAUCUGUACAUGUUUUCUGUGAUGCAAGUGCAGAUGCCUAUGCAGCUUGUAUUUUUCUCAGAACAGAAACUGGUGAUGGUCAAGUGGUUUUGAGAUUAAUCGAAGGAAAAUCUAGAGUAGCACCUAUUAAAAAAUUAACCAUACCACGUCUCGAACUUUUGGCUGCAACAAUUGGAGUGAGAAUAUUUCGAAAUUUCCAGACAAACUAUGAAAUCAACCUUCAAGCAUUUUUUUGGUCAGACUCCUCAACUGUUUUAUCUUGGAUCAAAAGGAAAGAAAAUUGGAAACCAUUCAUCUGGAACCGUGUUGAAGAAAUAAAACGUUUUUCUAAACCUAUAGACUGGUACCAUGUUCCUGGUGAUAUGAAUCCUGCAGAUCUUCCAUCACGAGGAUGUUCUGCUAAAUCACUAGCUGAUGGAAGAUGGUGGGAGGGUCCAAAAUGGUUGUGUGAUCCAAUUUCCCAAUGGCCUAGUCAGAAUUUUGAUAGUAAUGAAGAGGAAAUAAACUGCGAAAGAAGAAAAACUGUUGUUUCCUCGUUGUCGGUGUCUAAAGAUUUUGUAUGGUACUACAAGUACUUUUCGAAGUUCAGCAAAAUCGUCAAGAUGGUUGCAUGGAUCAAACGAUUCGUCAAUAAUAGCAGAAAGAAAAAUACUGAAGACUCAAAAUUUCUGACUGUCGAUGAACUGGAAGUAUCAAGAAAACUAGUAAUUCGUUUCAUACAAGAAGAAAGUUUUGAGUCUGUAGAAGAUCCCAAAUUAUCAUCAUUAUGUCCCUUUACUGAUAACCAAGGACUGAUCAGAUUGCGAACAAAAAUUUCAGAUAGAACUGAUGCAGAGGAUUUUCGUAUGCCAUUUGUAUUGCCCACAAACCAUGAAGUUGUGAAACGUUUGAUUUUCGAAGAACAUAUGAAGAAUAAUCAUGUUGGAGUACAAGGAUUGAUGAGUAUUCUUAGAGCGAAUUAUUGGAUUCUUAAAAGUAGACGCACUAUUAGAUACGUUAUCAGUAGUUGCAUCUCUUGUAAGCGAUUUAGAUGCAAACUUCUCAAAUGUCCUGCCAUAAGUUUACCAGAAAAGAAAAGCGAGAAUCAUACCAAAGGUGAAGAGGAACAGUUAUCGAAAGGAUCGUUAACUAGAGAUCCGGUAGUUAGAACGAGAUCAGGAAGACCUGUAAAAGUUCCUGAAAGAUUUGGACAUUGA